UUCCACGGGAAUAUUCCUUUAAGGAUACACACCCAAUCAACAGCCUCUUAAUCUUUGGCUAUUACCUGAUUGGUCAGUUGUCCCCGCUAAAGUAAAUUGUUUUCUGGUUUUAAUCUCGGCCAGUACGAAAUCCAUGCUGUUUUAUCCGUGAAGAUAAACGAGAAAUAAAAACUACCUGGUGAAUUUGGUAAUUGUUGGGUGAGACGGGUUAAAAGUUGUCUAACGUUAGCGUUCUUGCUUGCCAGAUUAUAGCGUUGAAUUGCAGGUGGUGGUUUGCUAUUUUAGCUCGCUCUGUUCUCAUCAACAAAGAUCAUUAUUAGCUAGCUACCUAGCGCUAGCACAAGUCAAUUUAGUGCAGACACAGGUCUACGGUGCAGACUAGUAGCUAGCUUGCUACAUCAUUAGCAAAGAGGCUAGUGCCAUAAAAUACACGUUCUGACAUGGUAGCAACCCGCAACAUUAUGGUAAUGUCAAUAGAUCGCCGCUGUUGGUUUGUUUAUAAGUAGUCCUGUUAGCUAGUUCCGAACAUUUGAUAAUGAAGCCUAAUCUUACAUUUUUGUGUUGGAUGUGUGAUGGCCUGGUCUAGCUCUCGAGUUAAGUCAGCUUGGUCUUUUGCCCACAGAAUUCAAAGAAAGAUGAAUGUUAACCAGGCUGAGGUACUCAAAUCAACUAGAUGGAGAACAAACCUGGAGAAAGUUAACAUAACCAAGAGGACUAAACAUUCCAAAACGAAUGGGGUUACUUUGAACUCCAUACAAGUAAAACAGGAACCAAGAAACUUUGAGCAGAAGGAAAUUGGGGACGGUGACCGUUCCAAACUUUCCUUGCUGAAGAAGCAUGUCAAGCAACAACAAAUUACAUCCAACCAACCAACCAUUGCUAGUCAGAUCUCAUGGCGUCCUCUAGUGCUGUUAACAAGAUUGUCUAAGGUGGUGGUUAAGACUCUUCUGAGAGAUACUAAAGUGUGUUUGGUGAAGGAAGAGACAGAUGCCAGGAGGGAUGAAGACAAGGGAGUCUUGUCUCCUCAGUUCUUUCCUUGUCCACACUGCACCAUCUCCUUUACUGACUGUUAUUUCCUAGAGAAUCACAUCAAGAACAAACACCAGAAGCAGUACCUGGCCAUGUUGAAAAGCCAAGUCUCAAAGAGUAAAAGAGUGUAUGGCCCCACACACAGCUGUCCCCACUGUAGCUGCAUGUUCCAUACACCACGACAGCUAGACAUUCAUACCCGCCAGGCCCACCCCUCUGCACGUCCCCAGAAACCCGCCCAUCCCCGCAGGGUUCCGGGGAAACUCCACCCCUGCCCGCAGUGUGCCCGCAGAUUCCCUUACCUGGGCACCCUGCUGAAGCACUGCAAGAAUUUGCACAAAAUGGCUGUUGUUCGCAUCGAUGGACACCUCAGUUGUGCGGAGUGUGGGAAGAGCUUUGAGAAUUGUUGGGGACUGGGGCCUCACCGGUGUCACGAACCAGAGGGCACUAAACCCAAGGACACUAAGCCUGUGAUAUGUCUGGAAGUCGGCUUCCAUUGCUCCGAGUGUGGCAAGAUCCUCACUACUCCUACAAGCCUGAACACUCACAUGCGCAUCCACACUGGAGAGAAGCCUUAUGAAUGCAAGGAGUGUGGCAAAAGAUUCUCGAAUAGCAGCAGUUUAGGCAAACACCUGCUGAUACACAAGGGGUUCAAAGAAUUCAAAUGCCAGGAUUGUGGGAAGGCUUUCGCCCAAGCAAAUCUUCUCAGAAAUCACAUGACUGUUCACUCUGGUGAGAGAAAGUUCUCCUGCUCCCAUUGCGACAAGCGGUAUGCAUACAGGGGUAGUCUGGAGCUUCACCUGCGCACACACUCAGGGGAGAGACCUUUCAAAUGUACUGUAUGUGGUAAAGACUUUGCUGACAAAUGUUAUCUGAAAACACACCUGAAUAUCCACAACAACCAGAAAAACUACCAUUGUGGGGUUUGUGGGCGGAAGUUCAUAAGGCUUGGGUUGUUGAAGUUACACAUGCGCUCACACACCGGGGAGAGGCCCUACCACUGCACAGUGUGCGACAAGAAGUUUUUUAGACUCUCACACCUGAAGAACCAUCAUCUCACUCACACAGGUGAGAAACCAUACACCUGUACCGAGUGCAGUAAAAGCUUCACUCAGUCUGGAGAUCUGGCUAAACACAAGCGCCACCACACUGGGGAGAGGCCAUUUGAAUGUUCUGAAUGCCACAGCCGGUUUAUCUGUUCAGGUUCUCUGACCCUGCACAUGAGGACCCACACUCACCGUGAUGUAAAGCCAUUCUCCUGCCAAGAGUGUGGGAAGAGCUUUUAUGAACAGAGUCAUGUAAAAGUCCACAUGAAAAUCCACAAUGGGAAACCAUAUUCCUGCCCCCACUGCUUUUUUUGCUUUGCUCGCAAGAGCAACCUUUCCAAUCACCUGUCUAGAUGUCCUCAACUUAAAUGAGUUAAACCUAUGAAUGGGGGGGGGGGGGGGUUGUUCCCUUCAGUGAUCGAUGCUGGACAACAGAUGCGAACUGUACCCCUACUGUGUAUGGUAACUCCAUAUCACAGAAUCUACCUAUGAUACCACAAUGUCUUUCGCAAUACUCCAAUAUGUUCAUAUACAUUAGAUUGUUAGUGAUGUUUUUGUCUGUUUUUAACCUCUAUUUUAUAUUUUUUUAAAUAUGUACUGAAGGGACAGUGAUGUACAGAAGAUUGUUUGACUGAUUGUCCUAGGGGAUUAGUAGGUGAUGAUGUUUUGAAAAGAUGAUGGGAUGUUUAUUUUCCUUUGUGUUUGUGGUGUAUACCUUGAUUUGGAAGAAGAGGAGCAUUUAUGUAAAGUUCACACCCCUAGUAUUGUUAUAAACAUGACAUUAGAUUCAUGGGCCUCCCAAGUGGCGCAGCGGUCUAAGGCACUGCAUCUCAUUGCUGGAGGCGUCACUAUAGACACCUGGUUCGAAUCCAGGCUGUAUCACAACCGGCUGUGAUCGGGAGUCCCAUAGGGUGGCGCACAAUUGGCCCAGCGUCGUCUAGGAUAGGCCGGUGUAGGCCAUCAGUGUAAAUAAAAAACUUGUUCUUAACUGACUUGCCUAGUUACAUUUAAAAAAAUCAAAGGUAAUUACAUAAAGACCACUUGAACAGUUGGAACACAUGAUUUGUUUCAGUCCAUAAGCCAUCAUUGGCCUGCACUGGUUGUAAUAUUGCAGUCCUAAACUUAUGAAGCCAUACUUCUGCCAAGAAUGUGGGAAAAGCUUCUAUGAACUGAAACACUUUAGAUGCCACAUGAGGACACAUGGGGGAGAGAUCAUACCCCUUCCCCCUUGCUUCUCCAGCUUCACUCACAAACCAAACCUCUUGAAACACCUGCCUAAUGUUGUAAAUGAUCAUGAUUUGCCUUUUUUAUUUAACACCAUAUAUUUUUUAUUUUAUAACACCAUAUAUAUUUAUUAUUUUUUUACCUUUAUUUAACUAGGCAAGUCAGUUAAGAACAAAUUCUUAUUUUCAAUGACGGCCUAGGAACAGUGGGUUAACUGCCUUGUUCAGAGGCAGAACGACAGAUUUGUACCUUGUCAGCUCGGGGGUUUGAACUUGCAACCUUCCAGUUACUAGUCCAACGCUCUAACCACUAGGCUAUAUAAUGAAAUGCAUUGUAUUCAUAGGUAUCACUUGGAGAUGACUGCCACUGUGAAAUUCUAAUGUUAUAAUGGAUUGUCAUUAGGUUAUAGUUACAUUGUUUAAUGAACUAUGUUUUGUACUUUUUCUGUAUAUUUUUCUUAAUUUCUUCGCUUUUUAAAUGAUAUACACAAGAUUUGUAUGCCGACUCCGGGUGAUGACUGACAAUAAAGAUGCCAUAUU